CCGGGACUUGCGCUUCCUCUUAGCGUGCCUAUCGGCGGGUGUCUGCGUUGAAACUCUACGGAAGCCUGACCUUAAAGGGAAGGGAGCAGCGGGGGGCCGGGGCCCUUUAAAACGAGGCCCGCGGGUGCCUGCCCCUUUAAGGGAAGGGCGUCCAGACGACAGAAUCUGAGCCCCAGAUUACUCUAAGUCUCCGUCACAGGCUGCAAGAAAAGGCUCCUUCGCUGGGUCCGGGUGCUUGGCGGCGGCGGUUUCAUCCCCGCUGGUCCUCCCCGGGCCCGGAGACACCCCCGCCCCAGUCAUGCUGAGCAGAGUAUGGAAGCAGCUGACUACGAAGUGCUAUCCGUGCGAGAGCAGUUAUUCCACGAGAGGGUCCGCGAGUGCAUUAUUUCAACACUUCUGUUUGCGACACUCUACAUCCUCUGCCACAUCGCCCUGACCCACUUCAAGAAGCCUGCUGAGUUCACCACAGCGGAUGAUGAAGAUGCUACAGUCAACAAGAUUGCGCUCGAGCUGUGCACCUUCACCCUGGCAGUCGCCCUGGGUGCUGUCCUGCUCCUGCCCUUCUCCAUCAUCAGCAACGAGGUGCUGCUCUCACUGCCUCGGAACUACUACAUCCAGUGGCUCAACGGCUCCCUCAUCCAUGGCCUCUGGAACCUCGUUUUCCUCUUCUCCAACUUGUCCCUCAUCUUCCUCAUGCCCUUUGCAUAUUUCUUCACUGAGUCUGAGGGCUUCGCUGGCUCCAAAAAGGGUGUCCUGGCCCGGGUCUACGAGACGGUGGUGAUGCUGAUGCUUCUCACUCUGCUGGUGCUGGGAAUGGUGUGGGUGGCGUCAGCCAUCGUGGACAACAAUAAGGCCAGCAGGGAGUCCCUCUAUGACUUCUGGGAGUACUACCUCCCCUACCUCUACUCCUGCAUCUCCUUCCUCGGGGUCCUGCUGCUCCUGGUGUGCACUCCGCUAGGUCUCGCCCGCAUGUUCUCGGUCACUGGGAAGCUGCUGGUCAAGCCCCGGCUGCUGGAGGACCUGGAGGAGCAGCUGCACUGCUCAGCCUUUGAGGAGGCAGCUUUGACCUGCAGGAUUUACAAUCCCACUUCCUGCUGGCUGCCCUUGGACAUGGAACUGCUGCACAGACAGGUCCUAGCUCUGCAGACACAGAGGGUCCUGCUGGAGAAGCGGCGGAAGGCUUCAGCCUGGCAGCGGAACCUGGGCUACCCGCUGGCCAUGCUGUGCUUGCUGGUACUGACGGGUCUGUCUGUGCUCACUGUGGCCAUCCACAUCCUGGAGCUGCUCAUCGAUGAGGCUGCCAUGCCCCGGGGCAUGCAGGGUGCCUCCCUGGGCCAGGUCUCCUUCUCCAAGCUGGGCUCCUUUGGUGCCGUCGUUCAGGUCGUACUCAUCUUUUACCUUAUGGUUUCCUCGGUCGUGGGAUUCUACAGCUCUCCACUCUUCUGGGGACUGCGGCCCAGAUGGCAUGACACAGCCAUGACGCAGAUAAUUGGGAACUGUGUCUGUCUCCUGGUCCUAAGCUCAGCACUUCCUGUCUUCUCUCGAACCCUGGGGCUCACUCGUUUGGACCUUCUGGGUGACUUUGGACGCUUCAACUGGCUGGGCAAUUUCUACAUCGUGUUCCUCUACAACGCAGCCUUCGCGGGCCUUACCACUCUCUGUUUGGUGAAAACCUUCACCGCAGCUGUGCGGGCAGAGCUGAUCCGGGCCUUUGACUGCCGUUGCCGGUCUCCGGUUUCCCCCGGGCAUCUAGGAAGACCCAGCACCAGUGACCUCCAGCUGGGGGUGGGAGGGAGAAAACUGGACACUGCCAUCUGCUGCCCAGGCCUGGAGGGGUGCCCAGGGGUGGGUGGACCUCAGGACCUGGAAUCUGAGAGGGUGGGUGGAAUAGGGGAGCUGAGCUGUCUGCACUGUUGCAUCAUCUGAGCCAGAGUUUGGGACCAGGCCCCCCUGCUUUUCCAGAUUUAACUGUGGGCCCCAGCGUGAGGUGGGGCUGGGUGGCUGGGCCUGGCUCCUGGUCCCAAAUUCGUUUACACGUCAAUCUGCCUCACUGCUGUUCCGGGCCAUGCCCAUAGCCAUGUUUACAUGAUUUGAUGUGCAAUAGGGUGGGGUGGGGGCAGGGGAGGGACUGAGCUGGGGGCAGACUUGGGAGGCAGAUUGUCUCCCUUGCCUCUGGCCCAGCAGAGCCUAAGCCCUGUGCUAUCCUGGAAGAGCUAUGGACCACUGGAGAGACGGGGGAAUAGGGAGGAAGAGACCACAACCAUCAGCAAUAAAGUUGAUCCCAGGGUUUGCUUUGGUUUUUUAAA